GAUAAUGGUUGUGUUGCGUUUCGCUUUUAGCGCAUAGCAUAAACCAUGGCCACUGUAUUGAUGUACUGUGUAGAGUAGUCUUUGCCAUGGCACAUAUGAUUCAGGGCUGAAUAUCAUAUCAAUUACUAAAAACAUGGAAGACAGGGAAAAUAUCAUAUUGCACAUAAUUGUGGUUGGUUUCCACCACAAAAAGGGAUACCAGGUGGAGUUCACCCACCCACAGUGGCCGACGGGUGAUGAGUGCCCGGCUGAGUGGGGUCACCUGCCCAGCAUUGCCAUGCCGGACGGCUCACACAACUACCACCAGGAGACGGUGUACUUCCACCUGCCGCCGCUAGAUGGCAGUGACACCGUCUACGGCGUCUCCUGCUACCGGCAGAUCGACGCAGAUAGGGUUGUCAAUCGGACAGAGGACAUCACGCGGAAAUCGGUGCAGAAGUCUGUGAUCGCGCUGAGCCGCCUGCCACUAUUCGGUCAGAUUCAGGUGAAACUGGAGCUGAUCACCAGCGCCUAUUUCGAGACGGGCGACUUCAGUCAGGUGGAUGUGCUGAAGAAGGCCUACACCAACAUGAACCAGUGCCUCUCGGAGGAGAUGCUCGGCACGCCGCAGGUGUUCGUAGGUCUGAGCGUGCGCGACCUGGUGCUGAUGUUCCGACACAAGCUGCUAGUGCUGUUCAAGCUGGCGCUGCUGGAGCGGCGCGUCCUCCUGCAGCACUCGCCGGUCAGCGAGCUGUGCUCGGCCGUACUGGCGCUGACCUCUCUGUUCCCCGGUAUGGUACAGCACGGCCUGAGCCGCGCCGCACUGCAGCCGCGGCCCCCCAGCCGCCGCACCUCGGCCGUCCGGUCCCCGAGCAGAGAGGACCCGCCGGCCGCCGCCUCUGCCCCCGCCGCGGCCGACAGCGGGCUGCGGCGCGCCUCCGACGCCGACCUGGUCACCGGUAACAGCACCUUCUACCGCAGUGAGGCCGCCGCCCCGGCCGCCGGCGGCACCCAGCCCCCGCUGCACCGCAGCCACAGCGACGGCGCGGGCACGGCGGCCGGCGGGGCGCGCGCCGGCCGACCGGAGGCGCAGCGAGCCAGCGUGUUCUAUGACACGGCCGAGGCGCAGGAGGCGGAGGAGGCGGCGGCGCGCUCCAGCACGUUCUACCUGGGCUCGGAGGGGGCCGCCGAGCCCGCGCAGACGGAGCAGGAGCAGGAGCAGCCCAGUGUGGACGCCCGCGUGGAGCGGCUCCUGGCGGCGGCGCAGAGCGUGGACGACGUCCAGUGCGGCAUGCCCAUCAGGAGGUUCAGGAAGGGUCACCUGUGCCACCCGUACCUCUGUCUGUCGGACAUCCACCUUCUCACGGACGACGAGGUGCUCACCUUUCUGGCCGGCGCCACCAACGUUCUAUACAGCCACAAACGACAUCUGGUCGACGCUUACGUUACGAUGGCGCCCUGCUCAGUAGAGCUCAGCGUGCCACUCCGUCGUCAACUGGCGCUCUCUACGGAGGACCUGCGACUGGCCGACCUCAUAGUGCGAGCUGUCACGGAGCCGGGCCCCGCCGGUGGCUCCGACAGCCCCACCGGCGCGCCGGCGGCCCCCGGGCAGCCGCCGCGCGGCUCUGACGCCUGGCUGAGAGCCGUGUUCCGCCUCUACCUGUACAUGCUGCUGAGGACGUCGCUGCUACCCGACGGCAGCGCGGAGCACACGCUCUACAACAGCUGGUAUAUGGCGGCGCUAAAGGAGACGCCCAGCUACGUCCAGUGGGCCGACGGUCAGCACCUGGGGGUGCUCGAACUCAACCCGGGCCACCCGUGCUCGGGUCAACUCAGUAUGGCCGACAUGCGACUGAGGAUAUCACAGACAUUCCAGAGCUCUGAGCGGGGCCGCCGAGUCUCCCAGGUGGCCGUCAUGACCGGACGCGCCGUCGGCGGCGCUCUGACGGUGGCGCGUGGCGCUCUCACCAGCUGGUGGAGCUCACUGGCCACCCCGGAGGAGACUGCGCCGCCCGCCGAGCCCGCUGAGGAUGCCGCUGCAGCUGCCGAGACCGUCCCCGGUCAGUCCGCGGCCCCCGCCGCCACAGACCCUGCCGCCAGUGAGACCCGGCCGGCCCGGCCCAGGUUCGAGGCCCAGCCGGGAGAGGCGGUAGCGGCGGCGUCCUGUCCAUGAUCGAUGGGACACUGUCCACUGGGAAGGUCAGGGAGAGUGGGAUGUGUCCCCGUCUCUCUGGGAGCGUGUCGUCCCUCAGGUCAGUCUUGAGAGAUGCAACUCCAUCGCUGGACUGAGCGCAUCAGGUGUCUCCUGAAGGCCUGUGUCAUACUAGCGUCGGGGCUGGGAUGUAAAGGUCGGCCAGUACUUAGAGCCGCACCAGGACUGUCGGAGGUAGGUAUUGUAUGAGACAGCGGGGGUAACCGUAAGACCGGCAGUUGACAGGCCAGAUAUAAAGACUGAGUGAGCUGACCGGCCACCGCUCCUCACGGACGACGUGAUAUUCCAUCUCGGGUGGACUCCAAGUUCACCCUAUCAGUAUUCCUGGUCACUAAACUGGCGUGGAGGAGCACAGUUAUUGCGAGUCUUGUGUCACCGCCCCUGCCAAUUCCCAGCCUUGUUAACAUUGACGACUUUUUUGGAGAGUCUCGGUCGAUCUGGACGUUUGAUCAUUCAGUUUUCAUUUUUUCACGCUUGUGGUUGAUGCUUGGUCUGGGCUGGCUGGGGUGCAUGGAUAUUGACAUUUGGUGUAAGCUUGUCGCCGAGAGUUCGACUCUUGUACGGAUAUGCAGUCACGUAUUUAACAUGUGCGAUGAAUAUGGCAUUAUGGAAGCGUUGUAACCCGAGUCAGCCGAGUGGUGUAACUCGACCUUUACUUAUUGCGGCUGCCGCCAGUUGGUGUAUUGGUGCUCGUCUAACGCAGGAACUGCUGCAAUUCUCUGAUAGUCAUCGCCGCGAUACAAGAACCUAUGGGCAGUGAACUAGGAAACUCUCAGUCAACACCCCGAACUGCUUGGUAUCGAGCGUUUUCGGCUCCCGACGCGGCAUUCUUGGGAGAGUAGACAACGAAUCCUGGCUAACUUGUUUCCGUGUAUUCAGUCGUCAUCGACGCCCCGUGGAUCUCAGGCACGCUACUGAUUGGGUUGGGCCGCUAGGGCCCUGCCGUCUCCUGCCAGCUCCCAUGUGUUUGCACAAAUAUGUAUGUGUGACUACGGGCAACACACUGCGGCCGAUUGUGAUAUUUUGUUAACCGCGUAUAGCUACGUCCAGUGAUGCAUUAUGUGUUUAUCGUCGUCGGCAUUAUGUGUUUAUCGUCAUCGUUGUGCUUAUUCAUUUCUCUGCUGUGAGCAUAUCGUCGACCAAGACGUGCGAAGUCGUCGGCCAUUAGUCGUCAGGAUUGUAUGAGGGGGGAGGGGAGGUGUCGCCCCCAAUCGGUGUGCGCGGUACCACUGGCCAGGAGGGCGCACCGGACAGUGUAUUGGACUGCGCGUGGUGUGUUUACUCCCAUAAUAUAUGUGCCAGUGUCGAGUUGA